AUGAAUGAAACCCGAUUUGACAACGACAGCAACCCGAUAGGUAGUCAGGAGGAUGGUGAAGAUGGAAACGCUCUUAGCAACGUGUAUUUCUACCAAACGCCAACGUUCGUUAAAGUGCUGAUGGUAUUGUUGUUUGCGACGGCCAGUGCAGUCACACUGGUGGGAAACGGUCUAGUGAUUAUCGUCAUAGGAAAGAUUCGCCGACUGCAAAUACCAGCAAACCUCACGAUUGUUAAUUUGGCCUUAUAUGAUUUCUUAAUGGGACUCGUAGCAAUCGCAGUCCUUCUUCCUCAUCUAACAAGGCUUCGGUGCGUGUUUGUCGUGGUCUUCGGAUCCAGUGUUCUUCGAGGGGGCGUGCUGGGCAUCGGACUGUGCACGAUCAACAGGUACGUGGCAAUCGUACAUCCGUUACGCUACAACCAGCUAAUGACUGCGAAGCGCACCUGCAUUCUCAUGGGAUUGUGCUUGCUGUACGCACUAGCCACUGGUAUUGCCAUAGGCAUUGAUGUAGCAUAUAGCUGGGGCCCGCUAUCAACGUGCAAUAUCGACAAAGAGAUCACGUCCGGUAUAGUGGCCUUUCAGAUCACCAACUAUAUUGCAUUAGUUAUCAUCAUGACUUACUGCUACAUCAUCAUUGCCAAGAUUGCUUGGGACCACACGGUAAGAAUGGCGGCAGCAACAGCUGCUCAGAGAGAGGAAUUGUCAACUUUCGAUGCUAUAAUGAAGAAGUCAAAGAUCAUGCUUAUAGUCGUCGGCACAUCGUUUUUAUUUAUUAUGCCGAACGUGAUACACACACUGCUGGUCCACAUCGUUGAAGCUUCCAAGCUUUCAGCGUCAGGGCUUCAAAUACUUCGGUGGAUUCGAUUGCUUGGAUUUAUAAUAAAUACAUGGCUGAAUCCAAUAAUUUACUUCUACAAGUACAAAGACUUUCGUCAAGCCGCAAAAGAACUGUUUGGCUGCAAGCCAUCCAGCAUUGCACCGUUUCAACCGAGCAUGGAGUAA